AGAAUUCAUACUAAAAACAAAACACAAAAAAGAUUCUAACUUUUGCGGGUCGCGACAUUCGAAUCUGAGCAGUCAAGAAACCAAAAUUGUUAAUGCAUUUCCCCCUUCUCCGUUGCCGUUUCCCUUUCUUUUCCCGCAGAGAAGAUCUCCCAGCGGCGGCGAAACUGAGAUGAGCGAUGUGGGUGGCGAAGCAACAGAUCGCGAGAUCAAGGCGGGGCCGCGUCUGGGCAGGAGCGUUCCUCUGCUGGGCCUUCCUCAUGUUGGCGACUCCCAAGAUCCCUUACUCUCCCAAGCAUCACGCCUACGCCGACAUGCGUAAUUUUCUCGGUGUGCCCAACACGCUCAAUGUGAUCACCAAUUUCCCUUUCUUGAUUGUGGGCGUGCUGGGCUUUGUUCUGUGUCUUCAAGGGAGCUAUUUUAACGUGAGUUUGCAAGGAGAAAUUUUGGGUUGGACAUUGUUCUACGCGGGAAUAGCGGGUGUGGCUUUUGGUUCGGCAUAUUAUCACCUGAAGCCUGAUGACAGUAGGGUGGUGUGGGAUACAUUGCCGAUGAUGAUAGCAUAUUCCUCUCUAUUUUCCAGUUUUUUGGUGGAGAGAGUGGGGAAAAGGACUGGUUUAUGCUUUUUGUCUCUGCUCCUUUCCUUUUCCUUUCUCAGCGUAGCUUAUGAAAGAACAUUUAAUGAUCUCCGGUUGCGCAUGAUGUUUCAGUUGAUUCCGUGUGUUGUGAUCCCAUUUACGACGCUUUUGUUCCCACCAAAAUAUACUCACUCGAGAUAUUGGCUUUGGGCAGCAGGCAUCUACCUUCUCUCCAAAUUUGAAGCUUUUGCUGACCGGAGGAUAUACUAUGCUAAUAGUUACAUCAUCAGCGGGCAUUCCCUGGAGCACUUAUGUUUAGCGAUGUUGCCUGUUCUGCUUACGAUGAUGCUCCUGAAUAGAACCUUGAGGUUCCAAAGGUUGGGCAGCUUAAAAGAGAGGCUUUAGAAAGCAUGUUUGGGUGAUGGAGCCAAAUUUUGAGUGUAAGUGUGACUAAGGAGCGCGUGUGAAGUUUCUUUUGAGGCACUAUUUGCUAGUUGCUUACUCUUAUACUAGGCAUCCUGCAGUUACUGCAUCCUGCUUGGUUGAGAAAAUCUUUUACGGCGACACUUUCUUCCAUCACAAGUUGAAGGACUUCUAAGGCCGCAAGAAUGAAAAACAUGCCCAUUCAUCACACUGUCAGUGGCUUUCUUUCUGUUCCUAAAUUCAAAAUUUAUCUGUUGCCAUCGUAAAUAUUCUGGCUUGAACGGACCGGAGAAACAAUGGUCUCAGAAUUUCUCUGUGUAGACGUUCAUUAUGAAGAUAUACAUUGUACAGUGAGAUACGAGCAGAUUCAUAUAAACUUUUCCUUGCUAAAUUGUUCGGGGUAAUUGGAUUCCCGUUGGUUGUUGACAACCAGUCACUUGUACUGGUGCAUUUUGAAAGCUUUGUGAAGAAAGACGAUGGCCCUUCUGUGAUUUGAUGUAGCGAUUCUACCUGAUCUUUGGAAUUUCUCUCAACAUUCAUUUCCCGUUCCUACGAGUGAGUGAAUGAGCAUAAUUGCCUCUUUCGUUGAAAUUCAAACCUUUUGAAGCAAGGUCUCCUAAUAGAGAUUCGAUGGCUCCCGAUGCGAA